AUGACGCUUAUAAACCCCAAGACAACCGGUCUAGUCUAUCUCCCUCGAGAUGUUCUAGUCGAAAUCUUCUCCUACUUUUGCCUGCACUGUCGAGGCGACUUACGACCUGUUAAAGGCCUCGGAACCCCGCAUCAGCAUAAGCAACGCCGUGAGCCUCAGCAACCCGACCAAAAGUCAUGGUAUUCCAUCGAUAAAUAUGCCUUAUUCUCCCUCGCUGCCUCUUGCAAAACGCUCCACUCUGUUGCAGAGGAUAUUCUAUACCAUGACUUCGCACCCGGCUAUGGCGACUCCGAACUAUCCGAGCUUUAUACCUAUGGCCUCAGACUCAACCAAUUCAUGCGCACCGUUGGAAGACGCAAAGACCUCGCAGAGAAAGUCCGCAUCAUCUACGUUCAUCCAAAACACUCAAACACGGAUGCGAAACAGACUGUACUGUCCUUAAAGCAGGGUGCCGCUGAUCUGGGCAUCGAUAUUGAGGAAGCCUGGAAGUACCGGGCAGAACACUUCAUAAACACUCUCAAGGGUGCACGGAGAACACAGUGGGGAGAAGAUGAAUACAGCUUCACGCUCACUUCAGCGUUCACCGAUGAAAUCCUGGAAUAUCCAGAACAUUAUUGCGUGAAGACGAAAGAUUUCUACAGGGGUUUGCACCAUGAGCUCAUCCCAAUGCUGAUUGCAUUACUCCCCAAGCUGGGUCACAUCAUUUACAAAUCCAACUCCAUCUUUGACCGGUUCAAAAAUGCCGCUCUUGAAGCCCUAGGAGUGACAGAGCUCCCGUAUCUUCGGACAUUGGAGAUAGAUUUUGAUCUAUUUUCCAUUCUUGAAAGAGCACCGAACUUGGAGAAGCUUGACAUUAUCAACUCUCGCUUUUAUAGGAGCGCUGGAGACUCAUACAGCGACAGGUCUCAGAUCAGAACCCUGCGAUUGGCAAACAUAUCAUCGCCCUGGAAGGUUGGAGAAUCAUUAUCAUUCGUCGCAAAGGACCUUCGGUCGUUGGUUCUUGAGUCAUGUGUAAAACAUGGAAUAAAAUUCUUUGACUUCUCAAUGCCCAGGUUCUCUAGAGAUGUUAUUGAAGAAGCACGAAAUUACCGGCACAGUUUGGAGACGUUACACUUGGACCUUCGCGACGUGGUUGCAAAACCUCCCUAUUACCGUCUAGACUUCACGUUUCAGGACUUUGAGAAGCCUGAACACGUCUUUCUGAACACACGGCUUGUUUUUUACAUUUCACACAAUCUCGAGGGUAUUGAAAACCCGACGGUGGAGGAUCGCGACGCAAUUACCCGGCUAUUACCACCGUCGAUAGUAUCGCUGCACUUGGCCUGGGACGCUCCAGAGAUUGAUCGCCUCGAACAGGGCUUGCUGGGGCUUGUUGAUGCAAAAGCUAGCCGCUUUCAACAUCUGAAGCAUAUUGGUAUUGACUAUGCGGAGGGGGUGGAUGAAACGGUUCAUCAGGCCAUGCUUAAGGCGGGAAUUGAACUUUCGUACGAGAGUUAG